AUAUUGUUCAUCAUUAUUCCAAAAAAAAGUCUAAGCGCAAUUAAAUAACUGUUACUUAAAUAAAAUGAUACAAAGUAAUGAAUUAUUAUAAAAAUUAUCUCACAUCUGUUUAUCUUAUCUGAUAAUGUUCAAACCCAUUUACUACUCACUUGGUGAAAAGAUUUAUACCAGCAGUUAGUGGCUAACAUGUGAGUUGUGUGGAUACAGCUGGGAUACUUUUAAAAGAUUUGUGCUUAUUCUCUUUUUUUUUAACUGAUUAAAUUUAACGUUUACUAAUUCUUUUCAAAAUGACUUUUGAGUGUUUAAAUUGUAUAACAAAUGCUGCAUUGUUAUUUGUGUUUAUUAUUACUAUUUUAUAUUUGUACUGCAAAUAUAGACUGAGUUACUGGAAUCGUCACGGAGUGAAGUCACUUCCGACGCACUUAUUUUUCGGCAACUUUAAAGACACUUUCACAUUUAAAAAACCUCCAGGUCAAGUUAUCCAAGAAAUCUAUGAAAAGGCAGCUUUCAAUGAGCCCUAUAUUGGAUUCUACAUAUUUCAUGAACCAAAAUUGCUUCUUCGAGAUCUUUAUUUGAUGAAGCAAUUAAUGGUAAAAGAUUUUGAUGUGUUUCCAAAUAGAUGCUUUGGAGGAGAGUCACAAAAAGAUUCGGUUGGAUUAGUAAAUCUUUUAGGAAUUCACCAGCCUCGAUGGAAGUACCUUCGACAAAAGCUUACACCAAGUGUAACUGGUUUCAAGUUGCGUGCAAUGAUUCCGCUUAUAAAGGAAUGUGGAGCUCCUUUGUUAAAGUUUGUUGAAAAUGCAAAAAGUCAAUCAGAUGGUUGGAAAGAACUUGAACUGAAAGAUAUUUCCAGUAGAUAUACAACAGAUGUUAUUGCUUCAUUGGCUUUUGGAAUUUCCACAAAUUCAUUUGAUGAUAAUGACGUUUCAUUCUGGGAAGCAGGUCAAAAAAUUCUCUCAGGUGCAAAAAGAGGAAUAAUUUUAAUAAUAUUGUUCUUUUUACCCGGUUUGAUAAAAUUCAUAGAAAAUUUCAUGGUUGGUCCUGCCAAAUAUUUUAGAUUAAUAUUUUGGGAUUCAAUGAAUACGCGUGAAAAAACUGGAAUCAAACGAGGCGACAUGAUUGAUCAUUUUAUCAAUCUGAAAAAUGGAGAACAAAUUUCAGAAUACAAAUUCGAGGGUGAUAAUCUUCUUUCGCAAGCAGUGUCGUUCUAUGUAGCAGGAUUUGAAGCUAGUUCAACAGCCAUAGCUUUCAGUCUCUACGAACUAUCGCUUCAUCGAGAAUAUGAAGAACGCCUUUACAAAGAAAUCAAGGAUCAUUUAACCGGUAAAGAAUUAACCAUAGACUUGAUAAAUGAAAUGACUUUUUUGGAUCAAGUCGUCAACGAAGCUCUUAGAAUGUAUCCACCACUUCCUAUAGUAGAUAGAGUGGCUGUGAGAGAUUACAAGUUACCAGGAAGUAAUGUUACCAUACAAAAGGGGACGCCAAUUUACAUAUCUGUAACCGGCACUAAUCGCGAUCCCAAGUAUUUCGAAAAGCCAAAUGAAUUCAUUCCAACGAGGCCGCGACUUGAAACCGCUGAUCUGCCAAGUUCCUCGCUCGCCUUCGGCAUGGGACCUCGUUCCUGCGUAGGACAGAGGCUUGGAUUAAUAAUGACGAAGAUGGCCCUAAUCACGAUACUCAGCGAGUAUACGCUCGCCAAUGACAAGAAAAACGACAAGGCAUUGUUGAAGCCUAUCACUGUGUUCACGGCGGCUGCCGAUGGUAUUCAUGUGAAGCUGAAGAAGAGAAAUUGAGUCAGUCUUAAAAUUAUGUAAACGUACAUAUAUUUAAAUGAAUAACAGUACUCGAGUUUUUUAUUUUUCAUGUUUCUAAUAAAGAUUAUCUUCUUAAGUCAAACUU